AUGACGGAAGUCUCCUUUGAGAAGCAUGGUAGUCAGUUGUCAGGUACUUGGAAACUCGUUUCGUGGGAAAUGUUUGAUUCGGAGGAGGCACACAAAAGUCUCAUAGCUAAACCCCAUGGCGAUGAACCCCUGGGUCGAGUUGUCAUUUCCCAAUCGGGUUAUCUCUCCGCUAUAUUGGUUCCUCCAGUGGUCAUGUCGCCACUCUCCUCCGAUGAUUGGCAGCUUGCGACCGAUGAAGAGGUCUUACGUAUCGGACGAAGCCUGACGACGUAUGCUGGACCCAUCACACUUUUCGAAAGGGAAGAUGGGGGAUUUCUAUGGCACACGACAGUUGAGAUUGCAAAUAAUCCCAGUUGGAUUGGGAAGCCGCAGACAAGGAGAGCUGACUAUAGUCUAGAGGGAAGCACUGAAUAUAUGACAUUGAGACCAAACAAAGAGUACACUUUAAAGGUUGCCGUUGAAGAUCGGCCAUAUCCGAAACUCCAGAAACCAACAGAUGCCGUCCUGAAGAUCACCUCCACAGCGCUCUGUGGCUCCGACUUGCACUUCUAUCGUGGACAUCUCAAGUGUCCUCCAGACUUCGUCUGCGGCCAUGAGUUUGUCGGUACCAUUGUCGAAAAAGGUGAUGAUGUAAGCAACUUCGCCAUUGGAGAUCAGGUUGUAGUACCAUUUUUCACAUCAUGCCAAGAAUGUUACUAUUGCGUUCGUGGACAAGCGAGCAGAUGCGCCAAAGGAGAACUAUUUGGGAACUCUGUGCCAGUAAAUACUAUCGAUGGAGGGCAGGCUGAGUAUGUUCGAGUGCCACUGGCGAACACCACCCUGUUCAAGACUCCCAAAGAUAUCCCAGAAGAGAUGCUGGUCCUGAUGGCUGACAUCUUCCCGACUGGAUACUUUGCGGCUUCGCGAUUCCUGAAGAAUCUACCUCAGCGGGACCGCGAUGAGUUUACCACUGUCGUAAUCGGCUGUGGACCCGUUGGAAUAUGCGCUAUCACAUGUGCUCUCACGAUGGUGAAGACAGUGUAUGCGAUCGACUCUGUCCCCGAACGACUGGCCGAAGCAGAGAAGAUCGGCGCUAUUCCAAUCAACCUUUCCGACAACCCAGUUGAAAAGAUCAAAGCUGCCAGUGGCGGCCGAGGCGCCGACGUUGUGAUGGAAGUUGUCGGUCAUGCUGAUGCCUUCAUGUUGGCCUUUGACAUGAUACGUCCAUGGGGCCAAAUCAGCUCGAUCGGCGUGCACACUGAAAUGCUGAACCUAAAUGGAUUGUUGUGCUAUGGCAAAAAUGUCACCAUGGCAUUUGGCCGUUGUCCAGUGCGCAGCAUCUUCGAAGAUGCCUUGAAACUCCUCGUCCAGGAGCAGAAGAAGGUGUCUUUCCUGUGUGGUAAGACUAUGAGCUUGGAAGACGCACCGCAGGCGUACAAGGAUUUCGAGGCUCGCAAAGUCCUCAAAAUUGUCUUCAAGAUGUCGGGGGAGAAAACUGGGGAAGCAAUUGCGGACAAAGUUUAG